CACACACACACACACACACACACACACACACACACACACACCCUAGGUGCAUUGUAUAUAUUGACUGAAACCAUAAAAAACAAAUAUUUUUGGCUCGACAUCUUCAUGGAAUACGAAGGUCUUGUUCAUCUAUUUCAUUAGGUUGAUCGAUGCAAACAAGCACUUGGCGGUCGACAUGGGCAAGCCCUCGAUGCAAACAAGCACUUGGCGAUCGACGCGGGCAAGCCCUCGAUGCAAACAAGCACUUGUCGAUCGACCCGGGCAAGCCCUCGGUCUUCGUUAUCAAAAUGGCACUAGUAUCGAAAGUCUGUAACCUUGGCUGGCGGCUGACCUUGCCCUCCGACUCUGAAAGGUUUACCUCACCCUCUCUCCCUCCCCUCUCCGCACGUGGCAGCCUCGGCCAGCACCUCGCCUGCCCGCACCCUCCGCUCAUGAAUCCCUUCCCGCAUUGAGCUUCGGCGAGCCAUUACAAAGUCAAUUCACAUCACUCAAAGGCUGAACAGUAAUUGCUCAGGCUGCGACGAAGUAUGUCAGCUGACGGAGACCGACACUAUUAAAGCUAAAGUUGGGGGUAUACGCUAUAGUUGCGCGUGGCCGCGGUGCUCAUCUCCGUCCCAUUGGUCCUUGAGCCUGUGGUGGCUAAGAACCCAUUAACCCGGGACACAGGACCAGUGUGGCAUCUGUGUUAGCACAGUUUACCUUCCCUAAGUGUCCCCAGAUACCCAUUUAUCGACCAGUCCGAAAGAGAGUAUGAACAGCCGGGUGAGAUGCACGCCGACUGCCCGGGCAGAAAUUCGAACCCGGACCAGCAGAUUCAUAGCUAGGCACGCUAACCUCUGCCCUGCGGAGGCAGAAAAUUGAUAUAUAGUUUUUUACCAUUACCUCUGCCUAGCAAUGAGUUUUUGCUUAACUUUUUUACGGACACUUUUCAAAUCAUCACAUAGUUUUUCCGGUUACCAUUGUGCAAAGACGUCAUGGGGGCCCUACGCUCCCAGCUGUCUGGCGGACCCGUCUGGCCCGUGCCCGCAGCCUGGCCGAUAUAUAUGUGGAAGGUUGACUCACCCAUGGACCCGGUACGCCUUUUAUGCCCGCCCUCUCCGGCUUCCUUUCAUCUUGGCCCAUCCCUCCCCUUUUCCUCCUCAUGCCCCGCCAUCGCCCGCCGUCCCUCCCACUCCCUCUCCCUUUCUGCUACACCGCCUGUCCUUGCAUGAGUGGCCAAGACCCUCCCAACCCUAGCCACGCCAAUGCUUGGGUUACAAGAGCACCCUUAUAACCCACAAUACAGGGAUAAGGGAGUAAUGGUAUGAGAGCACUAGUGUUUGUAUUUAUUAUUGGUGUCAGGAUUACUGGAAUUGACUUAUACUAGUACUAGACUCUUACUAGUAAACCAAAGAAGUAGCUAGAGCUCCGCAUAUGAGGUGAUCCAUGAGGGGGUUAAGUUAUAUGAGAGGGGGCCAAUUUAUAUUAGGGAGAGUCCAAGUUAUAUGAGGGAGACCCAAGUUUUGUGUGGGAGAGGCCAAGCUAUAUGAGGAAUAGGCCAAGUUAUAUGAGGGAGAGGCCAAGUUAUAUGAGGGAGAGGCCAAGUUAUAUGAGGGAGAGGCCAAGUUAUAUGAGGGAGAGGCCAAGUUAUACGAGGGAGAGACCAAGUAAUAUGAGGGAGAGGCCAAGUUAUAUGAGGGAGAGGCCAAGUGAUAUGAGGGAGAGGCCAAGUGAUAUGAGGGAGAGGCCAAGUGAUAUGAGGGAGAGGCCAAGUUAUAUGAGGGAGAGGCCAAGUUUAAUGAGGGAGAGGCCAUGUUAUAUGAGGGAGAGGCCAAGUUAUAUGAGGGAGACCCAAGUUUUGUGAGGGAGAGGCCAAGUUAUAUGAGGGAGAGGCCAAGUUAUAUAUGAUAGGGGCUAAGUUAUAUUCAGAAUGGUCCAAUUUUCCUCAGUUUCACAUUGAGAGAUUCAUUGGGGGUCUGUUCACUCAUUGACCCCUCCUCCUCCCCUCUCCGCUUCUUUAGCUACGCCACUCUGCUACGAAUCCUGUAAUGGUUGACAAUUUUAUGCGAAGACUUCUCGAGAAAUCAUAAAUCUAAUUAGAAGAACGUGUCACUACCCCCCCCCCCCCUCUCUCUCUCUCUCUCUCUCUCCGCUUCAGUCUCGAGUCUAAGAUGAAUAAUUGGAGGAGUGACCCACGAACACGGCUCGCCCCUCCUCAGCAUGCACAUGUAAUGCCUCACUCAGCCUCAACCACACAGUCGCUUCCCUCCCUCACCUCCUCGACCCUCUACCCAUGACUCUCGUGUCCCUCCUCUCCGUCCCACACCUACCCUCUCACCCCUCUCCCUCUUCACCCUCCCUCCCUUUCAUCCUCCUCCACCCACCGUAUGCCCCCACAAGUGUAUGGUUACUACUUCCAAGGACACACGCAAACCAACUGUAGCUGCUUUCCUCUCAGAGUCAGGGAAUGGCGUAAGGGAAAGGAAGGUUGAGGAAAGACUUGCUUGUAUGAGCUUCAGUAACUAUUUAUUAGGAUGUGUACCGUGUCAUAAUAUUUUGUUUUAUUAGUUCAAGUUGUGUUUAGUAUUAGAGACUGAUAGAUCGUGUUUACUAUUUGAUUUUGAUAGCAGGGAGGAGAGGAAGGGAACGUUUAUGAAUGAACUGGUUGUGUGAUCAGGUACUGGUUUCUAUUUAGUCGCUUUCACUCUCAGUUUCUCUCCCUCGGCGUCUCAGGUGUUUGUGGACAGCUGAAUAGACAGCGUAUAAUAUUAUGUAGUGUCCGCACUCCUCCCUCUCAACCUGUUUCGUCUCUGAGAAUAAGAAUGUGUGUCGCUGUGUAUACAUUGUUUCUUAUUAUUAUUUUAUUUUUAUUUUUACUCUUCAAGUUAUUUUUUUAUAAGCGAUUUCUUUGAUCUCAAGCUGCGUCACAUCGUGUGUAACCUCUCUCUCUCUCUCUCUCUCUCUCUCUCUCUCUCUCUCUCUCUCUCUCUCUCUGAUCCUUCUAUUAUCAUUUUCAACUAAUUAAAUAUUGAAAUUCCUCUCAUCCAUUCUUUCUGUGCCAAAACGUAGUGUGGUUUCUCUGUACAUAACACUAUCUAGUUUAAUUGUAUGUUUGUGUUAAUAAAAAAAAAUUAGUACCCAUUAUUUUUAUUUUCCUCUUAUCAUAACCUUUACAUUAGUAGUAGUAGUAGUAGUAGUAAUAGUACAUACUACAUGGCCACUGGCGUAGCUAUGAGGAUUAGUUGAUUGAAGGGCCAAGGCUUCCCCCAGAGUUAAGUUGGUCCCCUUCAAGGAUCCCUCAUAAGAAAUGCCGACAGAGAAAAUGCAAUGUAAUUAGGCAAAGUGGAUGAUUAGGCUCCUCUAUAGAUAAAUUGGGCCCUCUCAUUAUACACUCCCGUGAAGCUUCGCCCCUGGGAACACACUACUGGCUGGGCGGAGAUGUUCUGCACACACACACACACACACACACAUACAAGGCAAGGCUAGAAGUGUAACAUACCAGCGGGGCACACACACACACACACACUAGGGUAGGAGUGUUGUAUAUCUGCUGGAACACACACACACACACACACACACACACGCACACAGGGCUAGAAGUCUUGUUAUAUCAGCAGGACACACACACACACACACAGACGCCUGGAAGUGUUAGAUUAGGGGGAACAAGUAUUAUCGAUCACAGGCCAAUAAGAAGAGGAGACAGGUUAUGUUGGCUGGCUGACCGACCGAGGGCCUAGACAACGCCUGCCUCUGUAUAAAUGAGAGGCUGCCAGCUAGCAUCACAGAGGCAGCCUUACGUGACCCUCGAAUCCACCGGGCAGACGCUGAACUCCUCUCCUCCGUCCCUUCGCCGCCCAGUGACAGCUGAUCUAUACAUCGCUCACUGAUCUCCCCAUUGUACAGGUACAAAGAGCUGUCUGGUGGGGCUGAACAAGACAUGGCUGUGAUAUUAUUGCAAGACCAAGGGGCUGUCAUUGACCACGAGGCUUGGCUGCUCCGACAUUAUGGCAGGGACAAGCUCGGCCAUGAUGGGAAAAGAACUUUGAACUUCCAAGGCCUUUUUGAUAUCAGGACUCCGUUUCUUAUGGAUGGGGAGGCCCAGAAAAUUGCAGAUAGGCUUGAUGGAAAUGAGGAGGAAAUACUUCAGCCAAAAAGAAAGAAAAGGAAAGAACUACCUAUAGUGGACAGCCUUCACAAUGCAGCGGAGAUCAAGCACGUCCUCAGCGUAUUCACUGCUCUUCGUUCAACAUCGGAGUUUAAAACAAUAUAUGACUACACUCCAAAGCCAGAAGAUUACAGAAGGAAUAAUCUCCCGGUCAGAACCUUAAGCACGAGAGUGCUGGCAUUGUCCAAUCUCACACUACCCCAGUUGAAUGAAGCUAAUGAAGGUCCUGAUUUAAGCACAAAGAUGAUAGAGGGUACAAAGUAUAUUCUACCUCCCCGUGUCCGUUACGUUUGUGAUGACGUUUGUAGCAUUCUGGACUACACGUCAGACAAGAAGUUUGAUCUCAUCGUGAUGGAUCCACCGUGGCUGAAUAAACACGUCAGAAGAAAAAAAUCAGCUAAAGGAGGUGAGCAAGGGUACAACAUGAUGAGUGUUAAGGAUGUCUUGCGGAUCCCCAUCACACACUUGUUGAAGCAUGGAGGUCUUCUGGCUGUCUGGAGCACAAACAAACCUUCACAGAUACAGGAAUUCCUUGAGGGUCUCCACACAUGGGGCGUUGAACAUGUAGCAACUUGGUACUGGCUGAAGGUGACAAGAGCAGGGGAGCCAGUAACGCCCUUAAUGGACGGCACUCGCACCAAACUACCUUAUGAAAGAAUAUUUAUUGCCAGAAAGAGGAAGACAGAAGUGGGUCCAGAAACUAUCCCCAAUGGCCUUGUCUUCUGCAGUGUGCCAAGUGGACUACAUUCACAUAAACCUCCUGUCUUAGAACUUGUGAAGCCAUUUUUGGUGUCUGAACCACAAUGUUUGGAGCUGUUUGCGAGGAGUUUGGUUCCUGGCUGGACAAGUUUUGGCCUGGAGGUGUUGCGGCUGCAGCACGGCUAUUUGUUUGAAGACUCAGGAGAUGGUUGAUAAGUGCUGCAGAGCUAUACAGUAAAGCAAACUAUCAUGAGCUAGAGAUCUAGUUUGCAGAUGAAGGAGAGCAUUCAGGUGUGACACACCAAUGCACCACAUCAGAAUAACUAGGUACAGUAAGUAUUCUCAUCCCUUUGUCUCAGGGAUUCAUUUAGUUUUAAGUUGACAAGUAAUAAUUAGUUUUCUCUUUAUUAUGUGGUAACCUGGAUGUCGCACUGGCCCUGUGUCCCGGGGUGAUGGGCUCCCACCCACCACAGGCUCAAGGGCCAAUGUCACAGAGAUGAGCACUGAGGCCAUGUGCUGCUACAGCCUAUGCCCCCAACUUUACCUUUUAUUAUUAACAUUUCCAUGAACAUGUCUGUGACUAAAACAAAAAAGAAACAAUAAACUAAUGCAACUUUACAAUAAGAAUGGAAAAGACAAUUGUAUUAUUCAUCUUUUUUUUAUUUUUCAAAAAUGGAAUGAAAAUCAUAAAAUUUAGUACAUCUCUUUGGUCACUAGGAAAUAGUUUUUCAAUGUCAUACUUUGUACCAUCAGCAGAGUGGCUGCUGUAUUUCCUAGACUGACGCAAAGUGUCUCCGCUGUAGUCUAACAAAGUCUUGCAAGAGCUCAGCUUCUUAAGAGAUUUUUAAUGAAAUGUCUCCUGGGAACAAUUUCACAAUACUCUAAAACCUAGAAGCCAAUUAUCUUAUAAAUUAUUUUUCCUUCCUGCUAGU